AUGAUUGAGGCCCGUGGUGUGUUACAUAAGUGCAACCAUCUCACGCUCACCGAACUCCUCAACCCAGUUGAUGAAUACCACACCAUGAGCAACAUCAUGGAUGACAAUAUCUUCGCAGCGGUAAUGAGGGCAGAGGAGGCUCAAGAGAACAUGGAAAGCACAGGAACUGAUGAUGUUGAUGAUGAAAAUGAUGCUGUCGAGGAUUAUCCCAAGGCUCAAGAGGUGAUUCAGGCCUCAGGCCUCAUUGGUAAGUACAUUGCAGCAUUAGACAAUCCCAUAGCGUGGAGACUGGAGUCUCUCCUUGGGGGACUGAACUGCGGGCUUCACCUUGAAGCAACAUCAAAGCUAAAGGACACAAGACUAACAGAUUACUUCAAAUGUACAUAG